UAAAUUUCGUCUUUGGUGUAAUGACUACUGGAAUGACUACUGACCUGAGCCUUGGGCUGACCAGCACGUCAGUGUCGAGUCUCGGUCCGUCUAGCUCAAGCGAAGGCAGCUCCUUGCAGCUGAUCAUUGUGGAUCUGGGCACAGCUGUAGUCUUCAGAGUUUUCAACAUCCUGCUCAGCACUUUUGUCAUUGGUGUGAUUAGUCUGUUGGGGUUAAUGUCUAACACCGUUACAAUUGUGGUGCUGUCUCAUCAAGUGAAUGAAAGCAUUAAUAUCGUUUUCCUAGGCAUGGCUAUAUCUGACUUGUGUGUUGAUAUUCUCUCAGUAUGGUACACCGUGGCUUGCAGCAUCAACGAGUCCAAUCCGCCAAACUUUCCAUUCGAGCCUCUCAGCUUCCUUGUCAUGACGGCAAUAAUCCCCAAAAUGUUCUUCGUCUACUCCACCUGCUGGCUGACAGCUCUUGUGGCAAUCAUCCGAUGUCUCUGUGUUGUGCUGCCCUUUAAGGUCGGCGUCCUUUUUACUCCCAGAAGAACGGCCAUUCUGACCUUUGGUCUAUUUUUCAUCUUUGUCUUCUGCUACUCCACGGCCUACUUCCGGAAUGAGUUUGUUCUGGUUUUCUUUCCGGAAGUCAAUGCCUCAUUGUACAUCAUGGUGGAACUUUCCAAAGGGGUUCUCAUCGACGACAUGGUAUACUAUUUAGGUUUUGUUGCUUUGCCCAUGGUCAACAUGUUCAUUGUCAUCUGCUGCACGCUCAUCCUAGUCAUCAAGGUCAAGGCCUCGGUGAACUGGCGAAACAAAGCUCAAUCAGGCAAAUCGUUUUCGAAGGAGAAAAAAUCUGUCCCUGUCACCGGAAGAGAGUCGGUCACAAAAGAAGGGAAGCUAACCAAAAUGGUCGUCACUAUCACGUCAGUCUUCAUCGCCUGCAACAUGCCAAACAACUUAGUUAUAAUGGCGCGCAUGUUUGAACCGGAAUUCUCAGAGCGAGGCAAAUACCAGUUUGUCUUCAUCAUGAUUCACGGUAUAAUGUACAUCUUAGAAACAGUGAACUCUAGUGUUAGUGUGCUAAUUUUUUACAACAUGAGUUCAAAAUUUAAGUCUGAGUUUAAUAGAAUCUUUCAAUUUUUAUUUCAGGUAUAGACAUGUCCAUCAGGAGCGUUAAAUACGGGUUAGGGGCCCCGAAUUUUUAGACCAACGCCCAUAUUUGUUUUUAGUUUCCACUUUUCCUAGUCACAAAUGAUUUAUUUAUAUAUAUAUAUUUAUUAUUUAUUUUUCUGCUUUUUUUUCUUUGAAUAGAUUAUAUAGAAUAUCCCUGGAUCUAUCUCCCCUUCACAUUCUGUAAAUUUAGGCACUUCGAUGACCGUGUCCUGUACUUUUCUUGCUAGAGAUUAUCUUCAAUCGUCAACGCUGUAUUAAGACUCAAAAAUGUUUGUAAAAUGUUUUACAUGUUUCGGAUGUUCCUUCAGAGUUGAAGAUAGUUUACUUCCUAGUUCAAACCUCCCGCAGGACGACGGGGGAUGGGAGCGGGCAGGGUUUGAACCCUCGACCGUCGAUAAAUCCGAACGACAGUCCAGCGAGCAAACCGCACGACCAGGCAGCCAUCCAAGGAUUCCCCGCGCUUUUACACCAGCGUAGCUCAUUUCUUUUCUGCCUCGAUAGAGAACAACAUCGGACAGAUAAGUUAACUUAAGACUAUUUUGUGUUAAUUGUUUAUCAUUGUUUUGUUUGUUUUGUAGCUGAUGAAGGCCUCGCGGCCCAAACGUCGUUUGUUUAAAUAGGUCCGGCAGGUUGACAUAAAUGCAUGUUUUUCAUAUUUUCUAUAACACUGUAUUAACUCGUAUUUUCUGAAACAAACUUUAAAGACAUUGUUGUAACAUUCUACUAGUACAGUUACCCGUCUACUGCCUGGCCCACUUGUACUUGUAGUUGGAUCGUUGGACUGUAUCUCCAAACACAUUUGGGUGUCUUAGUUGUUAAAAAUUUAAGGGAAAAUAGUUAUGUUGUUUUGAGUGUAGACGUAGUGCACCGUGUGACUAUCUCCUUUAUGAAUGGAUAAGUUCAGGAU